AAAUGGUCGAAAUACUCGAUCGAACAUACGGGGCUCAAUUUCCAGAAGAACUUGAAUGCCAUCUUGACUUGCAGAAUGCCUCUGCGAACUGCUGCAAAUUUAAUCGAUGGGGAAGUAUUGUUGCUGUUGGCUGUACUGAUGGCAGGGUGCUGAUUUACGAUUUUAUGACCAGGAAUAUUGCCAGAACAUUUUCCGCCCAUUGUCUCCCGGUCAGCUGUUUAUCAUGGUCUCGAGAUGGUAGAAAACUUCUCACAAGUUCUGCUGACAACUCCAUUGCAAUGUUUGAUGUACUUGCCGGAACUCUUCUUCACAGAAUCCGUUUUAACUCAAUGGUUACAUUUGCAAUGUUUCAUCCCAGAAAUGACAAUAAAGCGAUCGUUCUUCAAGUGAAUAAACAGCCAACGGUAGAGCAAUUUUCUCCGAGAAUUCAAACAGUUCUUGCAAACGACACUCCUGGAUCAAGCGACGAGUCGGCUAGCUGCGUAUCUUAUGAUCGAAAAGGAAAAUACAUUAUUGCUGGAACCGGAAAAGGGAAACUGCUCAUUUAUAAUGCGGAAACUCUGAAAUGUGUCGCUUGGUGUAAACAAAACACUGUUCAACAAAUAAGACAAAUAAUUGUACCAAUGAAGAGUCGAUUUAUCAUAACAAAUACACAGGAUAGAGUAAUUCGAACGUAUGAACUUGAAGAUCUUCUUCAUCAAAGAGGACAAAUGGUUGAAGCGAAGUAUAAGGUUCUCGAUAUGGUGAACAAGGCUGCAUGGAAGAAUGUGUGUACUGAUAGUGAUGGAUUGUAUGUCUGUGGAGCAUCAACAAAAGCACAUUCAUUGUAUAUUUGGGAGAGUAACACAGGAUCUCUCAUAAAGAUUCUACACGGAAAUAAAGGAGAAGCUCUUCUAGAUGUUCAGUGGCACCCAACUCGUCCAAUAAUAUUAUCAAUUGCGCAAGGAACCGUUUCAAUGUGGACCCAAGCUCAUGUUGAAAACUGGUCUGCAUUUGCUCCAGAAUUUCAAGAACUGGAAGAAAACGAAAAGUAUAUUGAGAAAGAAAAUGAAUUUGAUAUGGAAGAUGAGGAUGCCGAUGAAGACAUGACUAGUAAAAGUCAAGAUGCAGAAGAUGAUAUUAUUGAUGUAGUCAAUGUUCGGCCUGAAGAUUACCUUGCUAGUUCGGAUGAGGAAGAUUGUAAUAUCAUGAAACCGGCAAGGAAUUUAGAAUCAGGUCCAUUAUGGUAUAUUCCAGUUCCAUUGGACAUAGAAAAUGCAGACAACGAUCAAAGACUUCCUGAUGAUAUUCGAAAUUUGGACAAUCUUCUGAAUCCAGCAUGGGUGGCAUCUGCAAAAGGAUAUGAACUUUCACCAAAAUCAAAGUGAAGCUAGACUUUAAAAUGAUCUCCAAUUUAUGUUUUUAUAUUUAAUAAAUGUAUUUUGAAAU